UCCUACUCUCUAUUUUCACUUCAUUUAACUCAAAAACCCCAUUUUACAAAACCCAUCAAUUCCAUCAAAAAAAACCCUCAAACCCCAGAAUUUGUUGAAUCAAAGUUGAAAAUUUCACCAAUUUCCAAAAACCCAAUUCCAAAAAUUGCUUAUUUGAUCUCUGGUUCAAGGGGUGAUGGUGAAAGUUUGAAAAGAACAUUAAAAGCUCUGUAUCAUCCCUUAAAUCAGUAUGCUGUUCAUCUUGAUUUAGAAGCUCCACCUGAUGAAAGAUUGGAUUUAAUGGAUUUUGUAGAGAGAGAAAGUGUUUUUAGAGAUAUGGGAAAUGUUAGAGUUGUGGCAAAGAGUAAUUUGGUUACUUAUAGGGGCCCCACUAUGGUAAGCAAUACACUUCAUGCUAUGGCUAUUUUGUUGAAGGAAGGUGGUACUUGGGAUUGGUUCAUCAAUUUGAGUGCUUCUGAUUAUCCUCUAGUAACUCAGGAUGAUUUGCUACAUGUAUUAUCAACCAUACCAAGAGAACUUAAUUUUAUUGAGCAUACUAGUGACAUUGGGUGGAAAGAAUACCAGAGAGCAAGACCUGUUAUAAUCGACCCUGGGCUAUACAGCACUCAAAAAUCUGAUGUCUAUUGGGUCCCUGAAAAAAGAGGCAUUCCUACAGCAUUUAAAUUAUACACAGGUUCUGCUUGGAUGAUGCUUUCUCGGCCUUUUGUUGAGUAUUGCCUAUGGGGAUGGGACAACCUCCCGAGGACAGUUUUAAUGUAUUAUGCCAACUUUCUUUCCUCACCUGAGGGGUAUUUUCACACCGUCAUCUGUAAUGUUGAGGACUUUAAGAACACGACAGUGAACCACGACCUUCACUUCAUAUCAUGGGAUAACCCUCCUAAGCAACAUCCACAUUUUCUGACAGUUGAUGACUAUGAGAAAAUGGUGGAAAGCAAUGCCCCCUUUGCCAGGAAAUUCGGUAGGAAAGAAGCUGUGAUGAAUAAGAUUGACACUGAGCUUUUGGGAAGUGAUGACAAUGGGUUUGUGCCCGGAAAAUGGUUGGUCAGAGAAAAUGAAAACAGUACAGAUGGUUCUCUGUCUUUCUCAGUGGUAAAUGGCACGAUUGAACUUAGGCCAGGUCCUGGUGCUGAUAGGCUCAAACGCCUCAUUAAAAAACUAUUAUCGAAGGAAAAUUUUUAUCCAAGGCAAUGCACCUCAAUUCCAUUAUGAUUUUCAGUCUCUGAAUCUCCCACUUCACACAGUUUUUUCUUGGUUCAAAUGAAUACUGAGCACCAACAGAAAAUAAGAACUGAUAGAUAUAUAUUUAUACUGGCUAGUUUACUGUCCCUGCUUCAUCUUUCAGGUCAGUUUACUUUUUGAGAUGUGAAAUUAGUUGCAACAUAUAGAUGGAUUACAUGGAUAUUGGUUUUUGUAUAUUCGAUCAAUGGUAUAGUCUUUCUCCAAAUCUCUGUUUCAUUCAUAUGAUAUGAAGUAUGCUUCAACUCCCCAGUAGUACGACCCAUGCUCCAAUUACCUAUCUACUGAAUAUGAAGGUUUAGCCUAGCAAGGUGCACGGUUAUAGUGGUUCACAUACUCCUUUGCACGCCUAGGCCAUAUUCUUCAAUAUACUUGAUUCGUGUACAUUGUUUCAUCACUCAUUUACCAAAUCAACCCUCGUCUACCAAGCCUACAGCUUGAAAUAAUGGCGCGAGUAAAAUACAUUGGUUAGUUUGCUUUCCCUACUUGUAUUUUUCAUUAGCUAUUGGAUGAUAAAAUUUAAUGUGAGAUUGAAGGAUGUAUUUGCUUCAUACAUAUGGUAUGCUGUACUCAAAUACUACUAAUAUUUGGAA